AUGUCAGCAAUUACAAUAAGCUGUUUAAGUUACAAAAAAAGGUAUAAAAGUAUAUUGUACUUUUUCUCACUAGAAUUUUUUGUCUGGAAAGAUAAAGAAGAGAAGUUGGUAAAAUCAUCUUUUGUAUCACGUAAUGGUCCAACAACACUUUCUGAUGGCAGAAUUAAAAAAAUCUAUACAUGUCAUCAAUCAGGAAUUUAUGUUCCAAAAGGAUGUGGGAAACGUCAAAUAAAAUCACAGGGAUCUUGCAAAAGUGGAAAGAUAUGUCUUGCUUCUAUUGAGGUGUCUAUUAGAUCAAAUUCAAUAAGAGUUAAAUACCAUAAAAACCACUGUGGACACAAUCUCAGUCUUGCACACAUCCAUUUGUCUGAUAGUGAAAAAGCAGUUAUUGCAAGAAAACUUGCUAAUGGUGUCACCCUGCAGAGAAUCUUAGAUGAUAUUCGAGAUUCUGCAAGUAAUGAACUUACUCGCAUUCAUCUUGUGACAAGAAAAGAUUUGCAAAAUAUCAAGUUUGCAUACAACAUUCAGGAAAUGAAGAAACAUCAUCCUGAAGAUAAGAUCAGUGUGCAGCUAUGGGUGGAUAAAAUGAAAACAUUAGAACAGUCUCCAGUUUUAUAUUUUAAACAGCAAGGGGAAGUUGAUGCUCAACAGAAACUUGGCAAAGAUUUUAUUUUGAUAAUCAUGUUACCAAUACAACAAGAAUUAUUAAAGAUGCUAGGACACCAGCUGAUCUGUGUGGACUCCACUCAUGGCACUACUGCAUAUGAUUUUUAUGUUAGUACUAUAUUAACAGUUGAUGAAUUUGGAAGUGGUCUACCAUGUGCAUACUGCUUAAGCAAUUGAAUAGACACAACCACAUAUUCUUUGUUUUUUGCUGCUGUCAGAGAAAAGCUUGGAAAACUGGAAACUAUUGUUUUUAUGUCUGAUGAUGCAUCUGCAAUUUACAAUGCAUGGA